GGAACAUUUUCGGGAUCUAUCUCUAUCAGUUUGUUUUGUCUACAAACAUCAAUUUAAAUUAAUCUUUUAUUAUUAUUUUUUUUUAUAUCAUUUGAAAAUUUUUAAAGUACCUAUGAUGAAUUUUAAUAGUUUAUUUCGAUCACAAAAAUUUCAAAAGUACAAAUUAUUUUUCAAUAAAACAAUGUUUAUACGAUCAACAGAUAAACCAAGUACAGAAUCAGUAAUAAGACCUAACAAGUCCCAGCCAUAUACCAAAUUUUUUGUCUUAGAUUUUGAAGCUACUUGUGACAAUGGGGCUCAUUUACUAAAACCUCAGGAAAUAAUUGAAUUUCCGUGUAUAUUGGUAGAACUUAAUACAGCCAAAGGAAGUUUUGAUGUAGUAUCAUGUUUUCAUUCAUAUGUUAAACCUAUAAUUCAUACACAGUUGACAGACUAUUGUACACAGUUGACUGGUAUUACACAAGACAUGGUCAGUAAUAGCCCAACAUUUGAUGAUGUUUUCUUAAAUUUUUGCAAUUGGCAUAAUGAUCAUACAAAUAUGGAAAAAGAAAAAUCUAUCAUUGUAACUUCAGGAAAUUGGGACAUUGGUAAUAUGUUCGUUGAACAAUGUAAAUUGUAUCCUUCAACAAUAAAAAUUCCAGAAUUCAUGUGUACUUGGAUAAAUAUUAAAAAGUUAUUUGCUCUGACAAUGGGACAGUAUCCACUAGGUAUAACAAAUAUGCUUAAGAGAACAAAUUCAAAACAAUUUGGUAACAUUCACAGUGGAAUUGAUGAUUGUGUUAACAUUAUUACCAUUAUGAAUCAAUUAUCACAAAGAGGAUGUGUAUUUCAAGCUACAAAUAAAAUAAUUAGUGUAUAAAAUAGAUUUUGUAUAAUAAACCAUAACAAGUAAAAUCAAAAUAAAUAA